AUCGCACUGAAGGGUGAAAUUCUAUUUCAUCUUCAGCUUACUUGAAGACACCUGAAGGUUUUGCACUAAAAUACACUGGUAUUUGUAGCUAUUCAUGAUUCCCCCCACCUUGAUAAAAGCCCCAGCUCUGGCUGAAGAGAAAAAUCCCUAGAGCAUGAUGCUGCCAACACCAUGCUUCACCAUGGGUAUGGUGUUCUUUUGUUGUUGGGCUUUUUUCCCCACAUUUUGAGAUGGAAUGUGAUUGGUCCAUGCUGAACACAGCAAGCAAAAGGGUGUACACACUUAUGCAGCCAGGUUAUUGUACAGAUUUUUUUGUUUGUUUAUUUUCUAUUUUUCCCUAAAAUGUUUCUGACUGUUUUUCAGUUGAGGGUGUAAAAAGUUCUGACAUGAUUUAUCUUUUAAUUUAAUUUUAAUUUAAUUUAUAUCCACUCCAUUCGUAUAAGUAUUGAUUUGAAACAGCUGUGUUUUUCCAUUGGUCUUGAUAAAUAUGAGUAAAAUAUAAUUGAUAUAUUUUAUAUAAAAUCUCACAGACUCAGUUUGCCACCGUUAAAAUAAGGUAUUGCUGACAUGAGUUAAAGAUCAACUGGACUUUACUGAAAGUUUACUGAACUUUUUUUCUUUUUUUACACAAGCCUUAUCACAGUCUUUUACACAAGCCUUAUCACAACAAUACUAUUAGACUAGUGCUGCUGUGGCCCCUUGUUGCUUCAUUCACUAAUUCACUUCUUUCCCAUACAAAUACGUCAGACAGGUCAAACUUCAGUCCAUUCUUAAUAAACUGUAAUGUAGAGCAUUGCAAAUUGAGAUGGGAGUCGCCGUGCCGCUGACGUCUCAGCUGUACUGAUACCAUGAAUACAAGGAAACACUUGCUGUCUGCAGCACGGCUUCUGUUGCCCACCACUGGCUUGAGUCUCAUCUGUAUAGGCGCUUACAUCAAGUCCAUUCAAAGUGAACAACUGCAAAUUCUUAGAGAUAUCUCCACUCUCCUCUUUAUCAUCCUGGGUUUCAUUCUGCUUGUUGUUGGAGUGUUGUGGUCUGUUGGUCACGGAAUGAAGAAUGUGCUGCUGAAACGCUCAGUAAGGAGGUCUAGAAAUGCUGAUGUCCAGGUUUUUACUGUGGACAGGACCGACCUCUAUCCACCAUCAUAUGAGGAAUCACAGGUCCGAAUUAAUGCCAUCGACAGUGUCCCUACCGUCGUCUCCAUUCCUACAGGCAUGCAACGGGCUGGCCCAGCUCCUCCAGUUUACAUGCAGACCGGCUAUGAGACCUCAGUUGAGGACUUCAGCCAUGAGGAACCACCUACGUAUCAACAAGCAAUUCUUCAGAGUCAGGCCGAUUCCCAAGCUGUCCAUCUACCCACAAACAGUUCUGUAGAGCCACACUGAACAGCUGCUAUUGGUCAGAUCUGAGAGAGAUGUUGAGGUGAAAAAAAAUGAGAAGUUUCAGUAUUCUUCAAGGUGCUGAAGGAUCUGGAGCUUUUGAGGCUGUUAGUUGCCCCUGGCCUUGAUGAUCAUUAUCACUCGAAAAUAAGAUUUGAUGUUAGUAAAAAGGAAACACAAACCUGACAAAAAGUCUCAUCUAGUCUAGUCUUAGUAUUCUCUGAGAGCAUGAUGUGAUCAGUGUUGAUGUCAUUUCCAAUAGCGCACAGCACUUUGUAGACAGAACUGGUCAUAUUAUUAUAUGUAUGAAAGUUGUAUUAUUGUUAAGGUCUCUUUAGUGUCGAUAGGUCAAGAAGCAAGUAUGCCUGUCAAAUCCGUUGUGUUUUUGUUGCAUUAAUAAACAAUAAUGUUAAGCUUGUUGAUCCUGUUGUGCAAUGUAUUGUAAACUAAAAUAUGAAAGAGUUAUUAUCUCUGGAGAAUGUCUCUGUAUGCCAUUAAGAAGAAAAAACAUUUAUUCCACUAGAAUUUCAUC